UAAUGGUGAGACGAAGUUGCGUCCGUUUUUAAAGGAGAUUUAAAGGGGGAUAUGGGUUUAAUUUGGAAUAUAAAAUUUAAUAUUUGUAAUUUUGAAUUGCUUUCAUAGCGAGAACCAGUAUGCCUUUAGCGCAUCUGAAAGAUCCUUUUACUGAAGCUGAUAUGAAAACCACGAAAUGUCCUUCCACUGAAGACAUGGUAGUGGAUGAACAGAAUGGCUAUUGUGAGAAUCCAAAACUGGAAGCUGCUUCUGCUAGUGAAACUAUUCAUGAAAUAGAAGUUAUAAAUGUAACUAAACAUGGAUAUCCUAAAGCUGAUCCUCGACAAUUUUCUCUGAUCAAACUUCUUGGUCAAGGCUCAUUUGGGAAGGUCUUCCUAGUUAAGAAACUUACGGGUCCUGAUGCAAAUACUUUUUAUGCUAUGAAAGUUCUUAGGAAAGCUACUCUAAGAGUGAGAGACAGAAUACGAACAAAAUAUGAAAGGGACAUUUUGGUUGAUGUUCAUCAUCCUUUUAUUGUCAAAUUACAUUAUG